AUGAAGUACACGCCUUCUGUCCUGCUUUUUGCGCUCAUCUCCACUGCGGCCGCGAUUCCCCACGAGCUUGUUGCUCGGUACGGAGAGUGCUCAAGCAGUGCCAACUGCGCUCCCGGAUACUGCUGCUCGAAGUACGGCUACUGCGGUACCGGUGCUGAGUACUGCGGCGGCGGCGGCGGCGGCAGCCCGCCUCCCAGCGGCGGCUCUUACCCCGGCCUGGACGCUGUGCAAAGCCGCAACGCGGCCGCCGCCAUUGGCGAAGUUCGCGCCGAGGGACUCAACCGUCAGGCGUGCCUGGCCGUCAUCAGCACCGCGCUCCAGGAGUCUACUCUGCACAUCUACGCCAACCCUCGCGUCCCUGCCUCGUACAACUACCCCCACGACCUUGAGGGAGGUGACCAGGACAGCGUCGGCAUGUUCCAGCAGCGCGCUCAGUUCUACCCCGACAUUGGCACCGACAUGUCCGCCGCCGGCAGCACCCGUCAGUUCCUCGCUGUCAUGAAGGGUAUUCCUGGCUGGCAAACUAUGGAGGUUUCUGCGCUGGAUCAGGCCGUUCAGAGGGCCGAGGCUGGGAACUUGUAUGCUCAGCGUCUCCCGCUGGCUAACCAGGUCUGCAGUGCGGCCGGCUUCUAA